CUUGGUUGCUUCUUUAUAACUCUUGUAGGUCUGUCGCAACCAGAGGACUGUGUUAAUAAAUAAAUCCAGCAGAGAAUACUUGCCCAGCAGACUGCGGUGUAAAGUCUGUGAAGUAGCUCGACAUAAUAGCUACGUAGAAAGAAGUGGAAGUGAUAAUAUAAACGGCGCAUCCAGCGGAUCAAGGAAAUGGCAGAAGAUGGAGUCGAUAUCGCUAAUGCUUCGGCUCCAGGCGAAGGCUGGUUGACUGAGAGCGACUUUGACGACCUUUCAGCCGACGAUGAGCUCGUUCUCGCUAGAAUUCCACCACCACUUCCCUUACUUCCUGUCCCGGAGCACGUUUCUCAACCCGGGGAUGAGCUCUGCCAUGACUGCUCGAUCCUAAGGCUAAAGAGGAGUCGCUUCAUCGUAUGGCCCAAAGAUCCAGACUAUGGUGGAUAUGUACGGCCUGAUGCCAACUUCAUCGAGCUGGGCAACGUCAAAGACAUGAGACAACGCAAGAACUGCCCCUUCUGCAGACUGGUGCUGCAGGCCCUUGGUGGAGAUCGGGUACCAAACAUUGCCAGCGAUGGAUCACCAGUCAAAGCUCAGAUGUGUUGGACUACCGACGGUACAAGAGACCGUAACAUGCCAUGGAACGGCCGAAGCGAAAUUCGCAUUCUUAGGAUAUAUGGUCGCACUGGUUCAGGGGGGUUUCUUGGUAUCGAAGAGAUGAACCUUUUCCCUGACAUCUCACUUCUUGCAAACGAUUUCCCCAGCGAAGCUCCAGCCAAGGCACAACGCUUCCUACCUCGCCCAAUCCAGCCUGAAUGUAUUGACUUCAAAGUUGUCCGGCGCUGGCUGGCUAUUUGUGAGACCAAUCACUCCAAAGUUUGUGGAAACCGUGCGAAUAUGAAGCAGAUGGGCUGGACUGAUCCUGCGGGAGCUAUUCCGGAUUUCCGCUUCAUUGACCUUGAAGACCGCUGCCUCGUUCGUGCUAGCGGCAAUCCUCGCUAUGCCGCGCUUAGCUACGUCUGGGGGAGGGAGCCGUUCUUUUGUAUGACAUCCGAAAAUCUCGCAGUUCUUCAGAAGCCGGGUGCGUUCGACAAGGAGGAGAUAUGGAGCCAGAUCCCUGCCACGAUACAAGAUGCCAUGACGGUGGCACGAGAGAUUGGCAUCCGCUAUCUCUGGGUUGAUAGCCUUUGCAUAUUCCAGGAUCUGAUUGACAUAGACAAUAUGACAGGUGAAGAAGAGGUCAUUAUGGCGGGUAAAAUGGGGGCUAUUCGAGUGAUGGACUAUGUGUACGGUGCUGCAUACGUUGUCAUCUGUGCCGCUGGCAGUCGAAGCGCCCACUCGGGCAUAAUGGGGGUUCGACCUGGCACCCGAGAGUUUAUGCAGCCGAUAGAGGAGAUUGCACCUGGAUUUCGACUUGCUUAUCGCCAGAAGCCACACGAUGGCAUAGAGAGCUUUCCCUAUUUCAAGAGAGGAUGGACAUUUCAAGAAAGACAUUUCGCCACCAGACUACUUACCUUCGCCAACGGCCAAGUCUCGCUUCGAUGUUCGUCCGACAUCUCGUUCCAGGAAGAUACGUGGGACGAUGAGUCGGUCAUUUCCUCGAAACGGCCACCAAGUUUCGCCGGAGAGGGUAACGAUAUUGGUGACGGGGUAGAGGGCCCGAUACAGAACUACUCGGAGAUGCAAUUGACAAAGCAGUCCGAUAUCUACAACGCCUUUGCCGGUGUUGCUCGUCAAAUUCGGAUGCAGUUGAAUUGCGACAUAUGUCACGGCCUCCCCGUCAAGUACUUCGACUGGCUCCUCUUAUGGCAUCCGCUUAAAAAGGAGCAAAUUCGCCGUGAGGGAGCCCCUAGUUGGUCAUGGUCUGGCUGGCAGGGCGGCGCAUUUCCACGCAUGUGGGACUGGUACACUCGCGAUAUGAAAGCCAUCCGAAAGGCCCUGAGACGUAGGACUUGGAUCGUCUGGUAUCAUAGACACGGCCCCCACAGCACUCGCUGCAGCCUUGUGCACAAGCACGGGAGAAUGUCAGAAGACUCCCAACGAAACUUCUAUGGCGGGCCCAUUAGAAAGCGAUUCUCCUUUGACUGCUCGCAGACAGAGCCAACUCCGCGUACGUUGACUGAGUUUGAGCCUACGGAAUACUACUUCGACGUCAUUAGCACACGGCCAUACUCUGGCUACCUGCAAUUCUGGACGGUAUCAGCCGUAUUCGAAAUUGCCGAGACCAAAACGCCAUGGCCAGAGAAGGGAGGCCCGCCUCCAGGGAAGCAGCUUGGCAUCUUUGGCAAGUCGGGAGACGAGCUCGGCUUGAUCAUGGUGCCCACGUCAUGGCUUAAAGGCAAUCCAGCGCCAUGCAAGCGGGAAUUCUUUUUGAUCUGUGAGGCUCGAGAUUUAAGGGUAGCGGGUAGGAAGGAUAUGGACGUGGAUGAUCAUGAGUGGCGUUACCGCGUGAUGCUGGUAGAGCCGAAGGCAAAGGGGGAGUAUUAUGAAAGAGUGACGAUUGGGUCUAUUGGAAGAGGGGACGAGAUGGAUUCUUUUGGCGAGGGGCCAUGCUGGAAAGAGUUUAUCCUGGGAUGAGCAAGUUGGAUAAGGGGGAAGAAGUUGAAGUUGAGGUCGUCAUGUGACCUUGCUGGCAUAAACUUUCUACAGCAUAUAAGAUAGGCAGGAGGCAGAUUGAAGGCUUGGCAUCUAGUCUAUUACCUACCUAGGUAAGGUAGUAUACAGCAUUCUUCACCAAGAUAUCCACAAGUUCACAAAAGAUAUGAGAUCGCGAUAGUCAC